AUGCGAUCCAGCAUCGCUUGCGCUCGAUGCCGGCGCAGUAAGAUCAAGUGCGUCAAUGCCGGCAUCGACACGACCUGCCGCGCCUGCGAAUCCUCCGGUCGAGACUGUGUCUACCCAACCCCCGCGAUCGGUGUGAGCGGCGCGAAACGAGAUUUGGCCGCCCUGGCGGAUGGUGAGGACCGGAAUGGCGACUGGGAUGGCCCGAAGCGCCAGCGCUCGCGCAAGAUGACGCUGUCGGGGGCUUCCGCCGGUUCCAAGGCUGGCCUCGAUGCGCUGGACUCGUCGAUUUUGACCGUCAAGGUCUGGGAAGCCGUCUUUGACCUCUUCCAGUCUCACUUUGCUACGCUGCUGCCCUUCCUACAUCCCGCCACUUUCCUCGGUCAGAUCCGACAACUCUCGACUCCUGCUCCGCCACCGGUGGCUGCUCUUGACGGGCCUGAUUCUAUGCGUACUGCCAGCCCCAAGACGGAUCCAUCGUCGUCAUUGAUCCCGCUGGGCGUGCUUGCCUUGACAGCUCGCUUCCACCCGACUCUCGUCGCAUACCACUCCCCGGCUUCGCCCGGCCACGCCUCUAACCCCCUUACUGCCUCGGAAUACUAUGCUACCGCGCUACGCAGUCGUCUGGCCGGCCUCGACGGGGUGAGCCUGGCAAUGCCCGAUCUUGCACGGGUCCAAGCGCUGUUGAUGCUCGCCCUGCACGAGUGGGGCAUCUGUCGCGGCAAGAGCGCUUGGGUCUAUGUUGGAAUGGCAAUCCGUCUCGCACAGGCCAUGGGUCUGCCCUUUGAACUCGAAAAUGAAUUCCCUCCACGAGAUCUGUCCCGUUCGUCGCCGGGUCUCAAGGCAGAGGCCGAUCACUUUGGGAUCCGCCGUCGAUCGGAGCCCAAGGAACAGACAUCCGACGACAUCAUUGCACAGGAAACUAAGCGCCGCACUUUCUGGGCAUGCUUUAUUCUGGAUCGUUGUCUGAGCAGUGGCAAAUAUCGUCCGCGUAUGAUCCGGAUAAAGGAGCUCGGGAUCCAGUUGCCGAGCGACAAUGCCUUUGCCUUCGGCGAACGGGUGCGAACGGCCCGACUCAAUGAGUCGACAACUCGCCGACCACCAAGCUUUGGCGCUCAAGGUGUGCAAAUCCCUAGCAUUCGACAGAGUUUGGGCGGAUUCACCGAUGAGAAAUUACCCACCACCAAUGGUACCCCGGACCCCAAAGCCGCCUGGUCGCCCGUCUCGCGCCGCAAGGACUCGAGCGAGGAUGACGUUGAUCGAUGGGAGGUCGGGGCCGAAGAGCCUGUUCUGAGUCGAGUGAUUCGCAUCAUUCGCAUCUGGGGAAGCAUUGCCAAAUGGUCUUGUGCCGGUGGCCGACGAAACGAACAAUAUCCGCCGUGGCACCCCGAAUCCCGUUUCGCUACUCUUCGGAUGCAGUUGAAUGAAUUCCAGGACAGCCUUUCCCGCAACUUGCAGUACUCGUUGCGGAAUACCGACACCCACAUCAUGUACAAGACGACGUUGGCGCCAUAUACCGUCAUGCACGUCGUCUACUUCCUGUCCGUCAUUGUUCUUCACCGAGCAUACAUCCCGUUCUUGCCUCUCCGAUGCAAUGAGCCCGUCGGUCCCUUGGAUGAGCCAAUGUUCCCCACAGACAAGGUCAAUGGCCCUCCUGACGGCUUCUGGCGUGAUAGCUCUCGUGAGCUCUUCAAGGCUGCUCGCCAGAUGAUCGACCUAGUGGCGACCUGCCAUGGCCGUGGCGCUCUGGUCGAGAGCCCACUGGUUGGGUUUGCUAUCUACAAUGCUGCAUUCAUUGGCAUCUACGGUGUGCACUUCCAGCACAUGGAUACCGAAGGGCUGAUGGCUUCCAAGGCUCCUCCGGCAGCCCACGACAGCUCCCAAUUAGGCUCCACGCAGGUUCGCAAGGCAUUAGACAUUCUGCGCGAGCAACGACCCCGUCUGAGAAUGACCACCGGAUGGUUCCGUACCCUCAACCGCCUUCACAGCUACUUCAUUAAAGUCAAGCGUGAUUUCCGCCGAUAUUCCCGCAACCGUCUGGAUAGCAUGUCGGAUGCUUCUGAUCAUGCGCCGAACGGAGUCCGGUCCAUCCGUGAGGGCGGUCUUGGCGGUGGUCUCGAGGAGUUCAAGCUGCUCGAGAAGCUGUUCCUCGACUUCGGAACUAUCGAGGAUCAACUGAACGAGUCCGGAGUCGACGACGAUGGCGUCGCCAUUGCCGUCACCGGAGAGCCAAUGCCUGAUCGUUCGACCAAUCUCAGCGACGCAGGAAGCAACGCAGUCAAGAGCGAUGUCGGCGAUCCAGCCGACCAGCUUCUCGAUGGAGCCGGCGGCCGCCGUGAAUCAUGGGUUCCCAUCAACAGCCCCGGUCUCCCUCUCCCUGGCCACGAAGGAGACCGCCGCCCCAGUCUGCCUCUUCCGAACAGCCGUCCAAUGCCUUCCCAAUCCCCAUACUCUCUCCCAUCCCUCCAGCAACACCACCCCGAUGGUCCCAUGUACACCUCUUCACCCCCGAACCUCCCUUCACUGGUUGCAACCACCCAGUCGCCAUCCUCAUAUCUCAACGCAACCAGCAACCGCCUCCAACCCAUCAACUCCUGGCUCCCAUCUCGCCCCUCCGUGCCACCACCCCCCUACUCUCAAUCCCUCCCACCCAUCAACGCCGCCCCACAAAACCACCCUGUCCUCCCGCCCCCGGGCUCAGUCACCCAGCUCGCCCCUUCGCCCCCUCUCACCUCGACCGACGGGCCAGACUCGAGCAUGCUGUCAACUAGCCUCAGCGGCGACGACGUCCUCGCUUUCCUGGACGGCUGCGACUGGGCCCAACUCUCUCUCAAUGCGCCAUCCGAGGUCGGCAUCCCGGUCGGCUGGCUCAGUGCCGUGUGGACCCAGUUCACGCGGUAA